UUAAAUACUUCUGCAAAGGAGUUCGUACCAAGCUGGUUGCAAAAUACAACAAGUACUACUCCAGCAAACUUUACGCCAGCAAACAUUACUGCAAACACUAUUUCAACAAACACUACUGCAAACACUACUCCAGCGAACACUACCGCAAAUACUAUUCCAGCAAACACUACUCCAGCAAAUACUACUCCAGCAAACACUACUCCAGCAAACACUACUCCGGCAAAAAAUGCUGAUAAAAAAUCCAACGUUACGGAUCAGGGUGUCGAUGGCAUAGGCGAUGAGGUCGUUGACAGCGAGAUUGUUCAGGACUUAUAUGGAAAGGAGCAUCUUAACCUCGUAUUCAUUGGUCAUGUAGACGCCGGGAAGUCUACUAUGGGUGGAAAUAUUUUAUAUUUGACAGGCAUGGUUGAUCAGAGAACUAUGGAAAAAUAUGAAAAAGAAGCAAAAGAACUAAAUCGAGAAUCUUGGUAUUUAUCAUGGGCUCUUGAUACCGGAAAGGAGGAGAGGGCAAAGGGGAAAACUGUUGAAUGUGGUCGUGCAUACUUUGAAACAGAAAAAAGGCGUUAUACAAUUCUAGAUGCUCCUGGGCACAAAAACUAUGUACCUAAUAUGAUUGGUGGCGCAGCUCAAGCAGACGUCGGAAUUAUGGCAUGUGAUUUCAAUGUCAUAUCUGCAAGAAAAGGAGAGUUUGAAACUGGAUUUGAAAGAGGUGGUCAGACGCGCGAACAUGCUGUUCUUGCAAAAACUUCUGGAGUCAACAAACUGAUAGUAGUCAUCAACAAAAUGGAUGAUCCUACAGUCGGUUGGUCCAAGGAGAGGUAUGAUGAAUGUGUUACCAAGCUUACACCAUUUUUAAAGUCAAGUGGAUAUAAUCCUGCGACAGAUAUUGAAUUCAUGCCAGUAUCUGCAUUUACGGGGGCGAAUCUUAGAGAUCGCCUGUCUGAAGAAGUGUGCAGUUGGUAUAGAGGGCCAUCAUUGUUAGAAUAUUUGGACAAUAUGAAAGCUUUAGAUAGAAACUUAAACGCACCGUUAAUGAUGCCAAUUACCGAAAAGUAUAAGGAUAUGGGCACAAUAGUCGUUGGUAAAAUUGAAUCGGGCACCGUUAAGAAAGGCCAUUCUGUAUUGAUAAUGCCAAACAAGCGAACUGUUGAAGUAUCCGCCAUUUAUAAUGAAACUGAAGAAGAAGUGAAUGUUGGUGUUUGUGGGGACAAUGUCCGGCUGCGUGUGCGUGGUAUUGAAGAAGAAGAAAUUUCAACUGGAUUUGUGGUUUGUUCAACUAAACGAUCGGUAAAGACUACAACUAUAUUUGAAGCACAACUUGCUAUCCUAGAACACAAAAAUAUUAUUUGUGCUGGAUAUAGUGCAGUUCUUCAUAUUCAUUCUUGUGUAGAGGAGGUAUCGAUCGCUUCACUUUUACAUCUUAUCGACAAAAAGACUGGAAGAAAGUCAAAGAAACCCCCGCAAUUUGUUAAAAAAGGUCAAAAAGUUAUUGCGAGGCUUGAAACUCAAGGUCCAAUUUGCGUUGAAGCAUUUGAAGAAUAUCCACAAUUAGGAAGAUUUACACUUCGAGACGAAGGAAAAACAAUUGCUAUCGGUAAAGUUUCCAAAGUUAUUGAAAACGAAUAA